AAACUCUUUACCGCAUGAAGGAACGUCGUCAAGUAGCAGAUCAAACGCUGAAACCGUCGUCACGCAAUGAUGUUGGAUGAGAUUGCUAUCCGACAUACACGGUGAGCAUCAGUAAAAGCCAUCGGUGCUGUAGCUGUCUGUGCUUUUGGUUCCGGAGCGUACGACUGAUCCGCGGCUUUUCAGUUUUGGAAUCGUCGUCGUUUUUUUCUUACAGAGAUGAAAUCAAAGCAAGGCGUUUGGAAGAAGGUAAGCGAGUCUGAGGAGACGGAGAUGCCCAACACGAAGACGGACGUUGAGCAAGUCGAAGACCCAUCUCGCGACGCCAACAAUAGAGCUGAGCAUGGGGAUUCUGAUAAGAGGAAGGGUUACGGAAAAAAGCGCGGGGGAGCGUACAGCAAAAAGGGCCACCAUGCUUCGUCGCAGCUGCAAGUUGAUUCAGGGGAAGGGAAGGCAGGACCGCAGUAUGCCCACGGGAAAUACAAGGGUGGCAAAGAACACCAGUGGACAUCAAGAAAGCUGGCAAAAGGAACGGCAUCCAAGGAUCUCGGAGAUGCCGACGACAAAAAGUCUUCACCUGUUUCUAGCAGGAAAAGCUCCAUCCGAACGGCUCCGGCGGUAGGCAAUUUGUUAGUUUAUCAUUGCCUGGACCUGGUAGUUGGCUGCUUUUGAUGAAUGCGGCAGGAGCCCAUGCUGCCGCGCUUGGCAUGCUUGCAACCUCUCUACUUUCAUGCAAAUGGAAAACAGCUCUAGCUCAAGCUCUUGCUCUUGCUCUUGGCUGUUCAAAUGGAAUCUACUGAGAGUGAAUUGUUAAAAACAUUCCAGGGCGCCAGCACCGCAGACUCAUCCACCUCAAAGAAUGAAGGCAGUGCGUGGGCCCGUGUAAAGGACAGUUUCGUCUUGCGGGCGGAAUCCAAGUCGAAAGCAACGCAAAACAACCGAAUGAAAAAGACGCUGGCGACCAUUCCCGAAGACGGUGAAGUUGUGCAACAAUCCGCCUCGUCCUCAUCCGCUGCCGCUUCCAGUGGCGAAGGUCUCCAGGAAGGAACCGCUUCUCCUGCUGAAAAAGAGAUGAAGGGAGGCACAAAAAACAAGAAGUCGCACUAUUCAUCAAGCAAGAACGAUUCAGCUUCCUCUUCCAUGUGGAAAGCACGAGCAAAGGGGUCCUGGAAGAAGGAUCAUGGCGGGAAAGCAGUCGGGCACAAAGAUUUCUACUAUGAUAAUUAUCACAGCUACUACAACCAGAAGGACAAUUACAGACGUUACACGCAUGGCAAACACGAAGCGUGGAGCGGUGAGCCCCACUCUCCCAGUGAGGAAAAAAAAUCCUCGAAGGGUGGAGCGAUGAAGAGUAAAUCGGAGGGAUGGUGGACGAGGCGUGAUGAUUUUGGCACAAGCGCGAAGGACUACAGCAAGGCGGCCUCCAAAGAAUGCAAGGGCGGAAAGUUCAAUCGCAAACAAUAUGAGUUUCACGAACAUGAGGAGGACUUGCACGACUCGGGUGACGAGGUUGAUGCAGCAGAAGACGGCUCAUCCUCAUCCCAAGUGCUCCCUGACAUCAUCCAGGGACGGUGGAAGCUGGUUUUGGAGGAAAAUUCGACAGAAAAACUCGACUCUGCUUCCGAUCAAAUAGAUCAAUUUCCAGUUGCCGAAGACCAUAUUGCAACUGCCACUGAUAAUCCCGACCUUGUUCCAGGAACAACCGUCGGCAAUGCCUUUGCGAGUCCAGAUCUCUGCAGCCUUGUGCCAUCCACAACCAUUUCCGGUACGAAUGACAUGUUGUUGGACAGCACGAACACAAAUUCAACUCUUUCUUCACCCCCGACGACCGCGUCCGACCCCAGGACAGCGAUGUUGUUGGAUGCAACCUCCUCCUUGCUGGAGUUCCGGGAGGGGGCCUCGUUCUUGGACCUGGUCCAGCCUUUGGACAUGGGAAACCUACUUGACAAUCCGCUCAGCGGCAGUCCAUUUCCACCAGGCCACCAGUUUACCUUCAGCCCGCGCGAAGAGGUGCGGGCAAAGACCCCCCAGCUUCAGUCGCCAGAAAUGGUGCGAAAUAACACCGUCCCGGUGUUGGUUUCCACACCCUUCGCGGAGCCAGCGACGAUGCCGUUCGCGGACGGCGAAGAUCUUGCGACUUCCGAAGGAGUUGUUCCUACGGCGUCAACCAGUAAAACGCCGGACAAGAUCGACAUGCUGAUGAACGGCGGGCGGAUCGAUCGGCAGCAGAAUGUCACCUCGUUGGCAGACCUCAUCAUCGGGCGUGCGCAGACGCCGCAGAAGGCGUUUCCGUUUAACCCGGAGGCGGCUGCUUUCGUCCCGAAAGAGGCGAGUUACCAGGGCCCGAUUGCGACGGAUGAUGACAUCCAGCGAUUUUUCGGUUCAUCCAGUUCGGACGGCGACUCUUGCGAAGAGGACAAUUCCGACGAAGAAAACGAAACUGCGAACACCACAGUGCCAGUGGAUUGCACAACCACCAGUGUGUUGCUGCAGACACCGGUGAAGCCUUCGAAGAACAACACCAACGGAGGACCGUGCGGUGCAGUCGCCGACGACGGUCAUGUUGAAUUAACGGGUGCGGGGCUAGGAAGUUCUGACCUCGGAUCUUCGGUUGCUGAUGGCAAUUUCGCUUCGGGACCGCCGGGCCCGGACGACGUGGCUGUGUUAGGUUCAUCCAAUACUGGCAAUACAAGUGGACACUUGUACAACAACCACGGUGGCUACACCUACAACCCGUUGGAGGCCAGCAGCGCCACCGCGAGCACGUUGGAAGGUUCCUCUGCGUUGCUGAACACGAUGGACCAGACCGGAAUUUCCGAUUUGACGACGCCGCAGUGCACCAGUCUCUUAGACUGCUCGUUGGAUGUUUCCCUCGUGGUUCCGCCGUCUUCGGUUGCGACGCCAGCGCUGCCAGAGGUUUGAGUUUGUUUUGCUUCUGUUAAAUCCACUUUGAGUUAGUAUUUCACACGCAAAUUUGAGUCGCUGCCGGUGGCAACGAAAAUUGAUGAACAACAUUUUCAUUUUUUCAGGUGCCGAGCCUCACGGCCGACCAAUUCUCCGCGAACGUUUCCUCGUUGUUAGCCAGCCCGGUGGAUGACCAAAGUUUCAUCCAGCAGGGCGACAUUUACGCACCUGCGGCGCAACUUUCUGAGGCCCCCAUGGACGGUGGUCUCCUGGGGAACCAAGAAGAUGCACCUGCCGACGGUCAGGGAGGCCUGUUUCCGCACUUGGCAGGUUAUUUGAAGGACGUUGCUUUACCCUUCAACCUGGAUGCCUAUUCUGAUACCGAUUCUUCGGACGAUGGGUAUGCUCCCUUUCACACGCCUUCCGCUGCUGAGAAGGAUGAAGCACCGCCUUCCGAAACAAGUUUGGAGGACAAGGAAGACAAUCCAGUACAAAACGACGAUGAAGAAAUUCAAAGUGAAAGAACUGAGGAAAUUAACAGUGCGGAGGACGCUGCAGACGACGAGAGCUGCAAAGAUAUGGAAGCCACUAGCACCAGUGUUGAACGACUAGUCGAGGCGGACUCGGAGGAAACGACUUCCAUCGAAAAAAUCUCUGAAGCCGAGGAAGAAACAGCUGGCGAAGAAGAAAAAUCCGCCGCGAACUGGGACAUUGUUUUGUGCCGCGAGGGCACGCUCGCCGCUGCGGAUCGUGUUGAGAUUCGGCAGCUCUGCGAGUAUUUUGCGGACGAUGGCGACAGCCGGUUGUUGGUGGAAGACUAUCUGGGUCUCAGAUGCAAUUCCGCACAGGAUAUCGUACGGUCAUCUUUUUUGUAGUGAUAUGCUGGACCUAUGAUCACUCUUGGCUGUGGAUCGUAUGCCUGCAUUCGCGCUGGCAGCUGAAAAGUGCAUUGACAUGAUAACAUGAAGAUGUCUCGUCCUGAACUCUAUCUCUGCUUUAUCAAAAUCACAGACGCAACACCUGCUCUGCCUGGGCGCUGACGACUAUCGCCGAGCUGACUUGGUGAAGCGGACCUUGGCCGCUUUAGUGAAGGAGCGUGUGCUACGGUGGCAGCCGGACAUUUUUUCCGAAAUCAAGCAGUUUCGGAUUGCGUUUCUCGAGUAUUUCGAACUGGACAACCCAAAAGUCGGGGAUUACUUGACAGAAGUGGCUACAGGUAAGGAAAGUGAAUGUUAAUGUUUUUGAUUUGAGAUCAUAAAACGCACGAGUAGAAGUACAUAGCUUUCUGCAUUGGCAAUGGCCGCAUGUCAACAACAUCAAAACGUUAAACAGAGCUUGCCACGGUGGAGGAAAAGUUGAUGAAUCCGCGGGUAGACGAUUUGACACUCUCUUCCUCAGAUUCGGAAGAAACGGGUUCAUCGCUCCGGGUAUUCUUAGUUUGGUUUGUGAAGGCCUCAAUGGAUCAUGUUGUCCUUUUUCAUGAAGAAGAGUUUCAAAUAAUAUAAAUAUGCUCAACAUCCUGAUCCUAUUCGUAUUCAGGCUGAAACGCCCGACCUUUUGCUCGAUUCACCACUCCUGGCUACUAGCGGGUCCGAGCAGUUUACGCCGGCCAAGAGUAGUAGUUUGGACGAGAGCGGAAUGAUUAGCCGAUCGAUCAGCCGGUCCGAUUCAGAGCGCUUGUCUACGCCCGCAAAGUCGCUAUCUUCGCAAUCGGUGCAAAGCACACCAGAAAAACUACCGAAGCAACAGCCGGUGUUUAGUGAAGUGGCACUCAAGUUCAGAACAUACACGGUAUAAAAGUUUAAGUUUUGUCCACGUAAAAGUUUCAUUCAGUCUGAGCUUUCCUUCGUCAUCAUCUACCGAUGAUCAUGAUUCCGUUUCCAUCCCCGAGCUAGUGCUGCUCCAGUUGCACCAUGGAUGACCAAGUUAGUACUAUCAGACAAAGCUGCAAAGGAAAUUCCAAAUUUUCAGCGUACGGAGAUGCUGCAGUUUCAGCCUGUCUUCAACAAGAAGCCGCAGCCGAAUGUUCGCCCCUGGACCACAAAGCUUUACGAAGAUCUCGACAACGAGAAGCGUGGCAACGCUUCGGGCAGCGGCGCCUGGCGUAGUUCCCGGGGUGAACAAGGUACCGGGAGCAAGUUGUCGGGCAGCAAACCCGUUUCGUCCGCGACAAAGAAACAGGAGAUCCAGAAAUUGAUGAAAGCCAGCAGCAACAGCUGGAUGAAAACGCAGGGAUCGCACUACGCGAGCGACAGCGUCGCCUGUUGGGAUAUCAAAUGUAAAAAUGUCUGGGUCUGGAAGAAUGCGCGGUUUGUCAUGCAGCUUUUCCAUGACCCAUGAAGCCUGGAAUGCAGGACCUAGCAUGGAUGACAGAUUCUGCGUAAUCUCUCUCAUGCCUAUCCUGCAUGAGAAACUCCCUCCCGACUUGGGCAAAACUGGACGACUUUUGGCAAUCAUGCAACACAGAUUUUUGCAUGCUUCAGAUUUAGCAUGACAAGUUGCAUUCUUCCAGACCCAGACAUUUUUACAUUUGAUAUGAGAGCGGAAAAUCCAAGGCUUGCUGAACAAAAUUACGUUUGAAAAAUUCGAAUCGGUUACCACAAAUCUCCUAGAACUCCUCGAAACGCACGAAGAUGUCUCCGUCGGCAUUCCGAAACUGAUCGCGAUGGUUUUCCAGAUCGCAACGACGCAGCACCACUUCGUGCAACUGUACACGCAAUUGUUAUCCUGAGUAAAAACGUCCCCACACCACAGUUGUCAUGCAGAUUUGCCAUGACAGGAACAUUUGUGAUGCGCAACCCCAUGACAGGCAUUUCCAAUCGUGUUUGGGAACUUGUAAUGCUGUAAACAGGAUCAGCAAAUCGAUUUGUGAUGCGGCUUUGCUUGCUAACUUGCACUACCUUACGGACUGAACCUUGUCAUGCGUGACUCCCAAAACUCCUAGGUUUGUGUUGCAAAGUCCCCAUCUUGACUCUGGUGUGGGGAUGUUUUUAAUCAGGAUAAUUGUGCCAGCGAAUUCACAACUGGCUGUGCGCGAAGAACAUGCCGGAGCAGGGGACGUUAAAACGGACCCUGUUGAACCAGUGCCAGGCGUCGUUUGAGGAGUAUUUGUCGCCGGAGUUGGAAUUUGAGGGGUUGAAACACGAGGAACUGUACGAAGCGGAGCUGAAGUACAAGACGAAGAUGCUGGGAAACAUCAAGUUCGUCGGAGAAUUAAUCCGUGCGAAGAUGAUUGCCAGCAGGAUCGCGAUCUGCAUCUGCCAAGACUUGAUCGAAAACGGCCGGAAAAUUCUGCCGGCGGAGCAGGAAGGAGGAGAGGCUAAUAGUACUAAUAAAGCCGCGAAGACUGCCGCGGAAAAAAACACCGCGACUGCAAAUCUGGAAACCUUGGUCGCGUUCGUGGAAUCCAUUGGUCCGAUGCUUGACAACCAAUCUUGGCCACACUGGACCCACUUUGACGAGGUGUUGCAGGUGGUGGCGCAGUUGUCGACCGACAAAGCUGUCCCCGCCCGGAUCCGCUGCUUGCUGCAGGAUGUCGUGGAUCUCCGGGCGUCGCAAUGGGUGAACCAGAAGAAAGCCAAAUCGAAACUGGAGAAGGCAACGACGUUAAAAGAAGUUAACCACGCCGCGGAUGGUGACAGCAAGUCGAAGACAACCGGUGGUGGUGCAUCUUCCCAGAAACAGCAGCGUCCAAGUAGCGCGAAGAAGGACAGCAGUUCAGGAAACGCCGGCUCAAAGCCGAGCUCUGUCGGGUCCACGGCAGCGACGACAGAUAGUCUGCUUGCGACGACCUCGGUGUGGCAGAUGACUGUGCUGAUUGAUCGAAAAGUCGAAGUGGCGUCGGAUCCGGAUUUCUUGACAAAUGGGAUCAACAAUGCGUCUCCUUCCAGUAGCUCGUCUCCGAGCACCAAAGCUUCUCCAAGUAAAAAUGCAAAAAAAACUUCUUCGAAGAGCAAUAAAUCCCCCACGCUAUCUCCGCGAUCGGAGCUUCUCAGUUCCAGGGGCUACGACAACCUGUGUGAGCUCGAGCAGUCGCUGAACUCGGCCUUCGAGCGGGUGGCCAAGGACGCGAUGGCGGGUGGCGUGCGGCGAGCGGAGGAGUCGUUGCCGAGUCUCGCGCAGUGCUUCUACGCGAUGUACCGCAGGUUAAUCCCGAAGAACGAGUCCCUCGCCGUGGAGCUGCUUGCGGUGUUUCUCCGGAAAAUUCUGGUCACAGAAGUCCAGAAAACCUCCUCGCCGGGACUGCGAGGCGUGUGGUGGCGCUUCGUGUGUCGCUUGUGCGUCGCGGGGUUGUUUGGGGGCAAUAAGACGUGCUCCUACGACGAAAUGGUGAAUCGGGCGCUGGACAGGCUCAAGUUGUCGAAAAAAGAGUCCCAGCUGGUCGAAAAUGAGCUUUUUCCGGUGUUGGAUGAAUGUUUCUACAACCACGUCGAAGAGCAGCAGCACCAGUAGUAGGAUAUCUGUACAGCUGGUGGGGCUGUUGAGUGCUUGUUUCAUUUCAACACAUGGAUGUAUGUAUCACCCUCUUUCUUGUCCUGAAUCGUCUGCAUGAAAAGGCAAAGCGUGCCGCUUUUCAGCAAUUCAAUUCAAAAGUUACUAGGACUCAAUUCACACAUCGAGCUGCUACCGCGUCAAAUGCAAAUGGCACAGGAGGCCAUUGGUAGCUGCGAAGUUUCACAUCUCAUUUGAAUCAAGUAUGUAAAUGCGACUUGCAAUUGAUUUUCAAAUUUUUCUCUUCUGCUUUUUCUACGUUACUGUACCAUGAUUUAUGCUUUUGACAAUGACAUCAAUCAACUCUUCCAGUGUUGCCGUCUGCGAACAGCCUGAAAAUAUUUUCGUAGAAAAAUUGUAUAGUCGUCGAUAAAUAUCUAUGCUCCACUUGAUGAGGUAUGUUUUUCUGGCAGUGACGGCUACUUAUUUGACUGAAUGAGUACCGUAGAUUUCGACAAGAAUGACGUGAGGUUUUGAUUGCUUCUGCUUGGUUUCGAUGUCUCUGUUAUUUUUUGCCGAAAUGCAAACUAAAUUUUAAUAUUUCACAAGGAUUUCUCUUGUCGUGUAUCAUAGCACUGUAGAUUUCAUCUUUUCGAAUAUUUUCCGUUUCACCCUUUGAGGUUCGUAUUUUGCGCUUCUUGCAUUUAGGUAAUUUUCUGUUGCUUCGUGUUUGAACCACUCUAUUUCGAACCUGCAUUUUUUUUCGUGCACUUCCUUCACUCCCUGAUCUCGUCGCUCAUCUGCGAGAGGAAUCUUACGCGUGCGUGUUCAGAAAGUUUUAUGACUAUUUUCUGAGCGUGCGCCUUAUGAUUAGCUUUAGCUAUGAGUUACGCCUGCGUAAUACCCUGCCAACGUUGCUGUUGCUGACCUUGAUUUUCUCGUGGUGCUAAGUAAAUAUCCUCUCCGAUGCGUGUGGAAGGUAGUCGUGUGCUUUUCAUCCAGCGGUUUGUUUAGAUCAGCGUCUUUGCGUGUUGUAGUACGUUGUUUAUGGGCUCUUUAUUGAUUUGUUUCCAUCGUUUUCGGAAAAAAGUAGACCACAACUUCGAAGAUUUCUCGUCCGCAGGUCGAAGAGCCUGAAGCGCUCUCGGCGGUUGAAGCUGCGCUGGAUAUAUUUUGCCGAUUUUUCAAGAACGACGAGAAGCAAAUCAAGAUGCUCGAG